AUGUGCCCUCCACCAGACCCGGUUUCGAAUGGCAACGGCACCUCCGAGGAAAUGGUUCCCGUGGACCUCGGCACUGCCGUCCGUGACAACAACUCGAUGGCCCUCAAGCAUGGCACCAAGAAGGGCUUUUAUGCUCGUCCUUCCGACUUCCUGAGCAACGUCAGCAACUGGAAGAUUAUCGAGUCUACUCUGCGUGAAGGAGAACAGUUCAUCAAUGCGUGGUACGACCUUGAGACCAAGAUCAAGAUCGCCAAGGCGCUCGAUGACUUUGGUGUCGACUACAUCGAGCUGACGUCGCCUGCGGCGUCGCCCGAGUCGCGCGCCCACUGCGAGGCGAUCUGCAAGCUCGGCCUUAAGCGCUCCAAGAUUCUCACCCACAUUCGCUGCCACAUGGACGAUGCACGCAUUGCCGUCGAGACUGGUGUUGACGGCGUUGACGUCGUCAUCGGCACCUCGUCGUUCCUCCGCGAGCACUCGCACGGCAAGGACAUGACCUGGAUCACCAAGACCGCCAUUGAGGUCAUUGAGUUUGUUAAGAGCAAGGGCAUUGAGAUCCGCUUCUCGUCCGAGGACUCGUUCCGCUCCGACCUCGUCGACCUCCUGUCCAUCUACCAGGCCGUCGACAAGGUUGGCGUCAACCGUGUCGGUGUCGCCGACACUGUGGGCUGCGCCGACCCCCGCCAGGUGUACGAGCUCGUGCGCACCCUGCGUGGUGUUGUUCACUGUGACAUCGAAUGCCACUUCCACAACGACACUGGCUGUGCUAUCGCCAACGCGUACGCCGCCCUCGAGGCCGGCGCCACUCACAUCGACACUUCAGUGCUCGGCAUCGGCGAGCGUAACGGUAUUACGCCUCUUGGUGGCCUCAUCGCCCGCAUGAUGGUGGCCGAUCCCGACUACGUCAAGUCGAAGUACAACCUGUCGAUGCUGCGUGAGGUGGAGAACCUGGUGGCUGAGGCCGUCGAGAUCCAGGUCCCAUUCAACAACUACAUUACCGGCUUCUGCGCCUUCACCCACAAGGCCGGCAUCCACGCCAAGGCCAUCCUCGCCAACCCGGCAACGUACGAGAUCCUGAACCCUGCCGACUUUGGCAUGAGCCGCUACGUGUCCAUCGGUCACCGCCUGACGGGAUGGAACGCCGUCAAGAGCCGUGCCGAGCAGCUCAACCUCGACAUGACCGACGACCAGAUCAAGGACGCCACGGCCAAGAUCAAGGAGCUCGCCGACGUCCGCACCCAGUCGAUGGAGGACGUCGACAUCAUCCUCCGCGUCUACCACUCGGCCUUCCAGGAGGGCAAGCUCAAGAUCGGGCAACCAGAGGUCCUUGACAGACUCCUCGAGGAGCACCACGAGAGCCGUGGCACCAGCCCCACCCGCGUCCCCGACGCCAAGCGCCAGCGCGUCGAGUAG